GGCUGGGCUGGAGAGUAGGCGUGAUCGGCUACAUUUUGCCCACCGUCCGAGCCACCUCGCUCAUUGCCUGCUGUCCGAGCCCCGGGGAAGGACAUGGACAGCGCCGUCUUCGCUUGCUUCGCCUUCUACGGCUCGCUGCUCAUCCUGAAGAUGUACGCACUGGCCUUCAUCACCGGGCAACAGCGACUCCGCAAAAAGGCCUUUACCAACCCAGAGGAUGCAAUGAGACAUGGCGGACUGAUGUACCAUCGGACUGAUCCUGAUGUGGAACGGACUCGAAGAGCCCACCGCAAUGACAUGGAAAACAUCUAUGCCUUCUUGUUCCUUGGUGCCGUCUACUCGCUGACGGAGCCCAACCUCUUCAUUGCCAACGUCCAUUUUCUGGUCUUCUUCGUAGCUCGGGUGGUUCAUAGUGUUGCCUACAUGUUUGCAAUGAAAGCUCCAACCCGUUCUCUGGCCUACACCAUUGGACAGAUCCCCUGCGUGUCCAUCGCCCUGCAGAUCCUUGUCCACGCGGUGGCCCAUUGGUAGAGCCAAGCCUUCCACAGCGGCACUCAACGUAUUGUUGGUUCAGGACUGAACAACAUGUGUUUAUGAUGUGGCACACUUUGUAAACUUUGGAGAAGCUGUGAUGCAAAAUACACCAAAAGUGUCUUUCAUAAUGAAA